UUCCGUUCGAAUGUUUACUGUCCACAAGCGAAUGAGUUAGCGUCGCUCGUCUCCUAUCACCUCGUGUGGCUCGCCGCGAUCCUGAAGCAUUCAAAAGUUUCGACUCCCCCCCGGGUCAUCAGAUCUCUAUUUCCCAGUCUCUGUGAGUCCCGUCUCUUCCUCUUUUAUGUCGUGAAUUCACCGAGGGAAUAGAGAUGCGCUCGCGGUACGCCCUCGCCGCCGUGUGACCAGAACCCGAUCCCUGGGGAUAUUCUUUCGGAUGCUCUCGAAGAAUCGGUGUGACAAGUGUUUUUUCGGGUCAGUGGAAGUGACAUCGCUUUAUUCCGUUAUACAUAUAAUUAUAUUGAAAGUACAUUUCCAAAUCGUUCGCAUAAACUGUGAAGUGUUUAGCCCCAUCCGCUUUUUUAAAUUUUUUUUAUAUGUAUACACAUACACACGAAUAUAUAUAUAUAUAUAAUUGAUAUUAAUUACGCCGUUAUUGUUUUUAAAGUUUUGUUCGUUUUUUCGCUCGCGCAUUUGGGUGCAGCUGAACGCGGAAUUUUGUUUUUUCCCAGGAGUAAAGUCGUAGAAAGUGGUUUUAGGCACAGUUAACUAGAUUUCUUUCGAGUGAGCCGGUUUAGGUCACUAACUUAUGAAUAGAUUGUGAAGAUGCGGGAUUUAAUAAGCAUAUUCAAACGAAAUCGCACGGUGUACAGUGCGGUGAGCACAAGCGAAAGGAGUCCUUACCGUGGAACGACAGCGCCAAACAACGGACGACACAGGAGUCUUAACACAUCGGCCGUCUUCGGCCGGUUUGUUGAACGCGGGAAUUUCGAAAAAACUAGAAGCGUUUUCUUCACACUUUUCAUCGGUCUGCUCGCAAUUACGAUAGGAACAUUAAUCCAUGUUUUCGAUCCGUAUGAUCUCAUAUUCAGGAUGAAAGUUACAUUUUCGGAAGGCGGAGAGACGUAUGAAAUGUGGAGGAAACCACCCGUAGACGUUUACCUCAAGGUAUAUUUGUUCAAUGUCACCAACAGAGAAGCAUUUCUGCAAGGCAAGGAGCAUUUAAAAGUGCAAGAAGUGGGACCCUAUGUAUAUAAAGAAUCUAUGGAGCAUCUGAACCCCUCAUUCAACCCUAACGGGACUAUAACAGCGACACCAAUCCAUCCACUAACAUGGGUACCUCACCUUAGCAACGGAACUGAAGAAGAUAUCCUUAUUCUGCCUAACAUUGCAUUGUUGAGUUUCGCGAACGUCAUGUCUCAAGCGUCGUAUUUUUCGAAAAUGGCGGUGAAUUUGCUGAUCAAACAGACGCAAUCUUUCCCGCUGGUCGAACAGACGGCGCGGGAGUUCAUGUUCGGCUACGAAAGCACGCUGGUCACGUUAGGCAACAAAUUCAUGCCGUCCUGGAUUGUCUUCGACAAAUUGGGCUUGAUUGACCGGAUGUACGAUUUCAAGGGUGAUAUAUCGACGAUAUACGAUGGAACGACUGAUGUGAAGAAGGCUGGUUUAAUUGACACGUAUAACCGGCUUGACCAUCUGCCGCAAUGGGAGCACCCUUGUGAUAAGGUUCAGAAUGCAUCUGACGGGACCAAAUUCCCAUCUCUCAUCAAACCCGACGACUCCCUUUACUUCUUCAGGAAAUCAAUGUGCCGAACCAUGCCCAUGGUAAGGACCAGUGGUAAGCAAAUGCUGAACGGCUUGUCAGGGUAUGAGUAUCAAUUCAAAAAUGGAUCGAUGGAUAACGGGCACUCCUAUCCUGAAAAUAAGUGUUUUUGUAGGAAUGGGAAAUGCCUACCCUCUGGAUUACUUGACGUCACAUCCUGUUACUAUGGUUUCCCCAUUGCUCUUUCCUACCCUCAUUUUCUGGAUUGCGACCCAAAGCUGAGAGAAGUCGUAGAAGGCCUACAUCCUAGCCCAAAGAAACAUGGAACUUCCUUCAUCAUCAACCCAGAAUCUGGAACUCCGCUGAAGGUCACGGUUCGAAUGCAAAUAAACAUGGCUCUGGGUGACCUUAGCGCCAUGGCACACACCCCGCAAUUCAGUAAUAUGGUCCUACCUCUACUUUGGACGGAAAUUGCUAUGGCGGACCUGCCGACGAGUCUGCUUGCGAGGUUCAUCCUCUACCUGCGGAUAGCCCCGGUGGCCCAAACCGUGCUCCUCUACUUCCUCAUGCUCAGCGGCGUGGCCUUCAUCGGGCUCAGCAUGUCGGCCAUGAUCUUCAUCCCGGGAAAGGGCGGGAACCUGAUGAACAACCAGAUGACCGAGGACGGCCUCAACCCCUCGACGUGGGCCGAAGACCGGAAGAAGCAGCGGAAGAAGAAGGCGGUCCAGGUCGCCCGCAACAGGGUCGAGGAGCAGGACCGGACCCAAGUCGAAAACAACAACAUCAACAUCAAAUCCGAGGAGUCCGGCGAGGAGGAGAUGGAGACCUACUACUGCUCGCUCCUGUCGCCCACCGAUCGACAGGCCGACUUGGAUGCCGAUCUCCUGGAUAGGCUCAAGACCCUCAGCGACACUGAGACAUGAUCUGCACAAAAGGGAAAGUUCCGUCGCGUUGACUCAACUCUCCACGUCCAAAUCCAACCGGUUUGUCAAACCAAACCUUCAAACCGUGUGGCCGCAUCGAUUUCAGCUGUUUGACGACCAGAACCCCGAGUGGUAAGAUUGGAGAAUUUGCGGGUUUCUGCGAACUUUGAUGAAAUUCGUGUUCAGGUUAAAACUACCGAGAGAAGUGAACACAAGGAUACCUUUGGUUCAUAAAUUGAACAAUUAUUCACUGACAAAAAUGAAUAGGGUUGAUUUUACCAUACUCAGACACAGUGAUACGAGUAUGGUAAUAAAUACCAGACUCAUGGUGGCAUUUACCAUAUUAUGGUGAAUAUCACUAGAGCUCUGGUGAAUACUACCGUAGUUCUGGGUAUUUUCACUAAAUAGUAUCACAGUGUAAAAAGUCGAGUAGACUUAUAGUAGAUUUUACCGUAUUUUUUUUUUCAGGGCGGUCGUUUUCGUGUUGCUCAACGUUCAACCCGCGUACCUAAGCCUCUUCAAAAGUUCAGUGAAAUUUGAAUGUUAUAUCAUCCAAACUGGUUUGACAAACGGAAUUGCUCGGUUGAUUUGAGUACCGAGCGGCUGGUUCAAACGAUCGAACUUUCCUUUCAGUGCGCAGGAAAAAUGUCUUAGAAGAGGGAAAAAUUGCUCAAUUCAUUAUCUUAGCCUCUAAACUUCCUUACUUUUUGACCAUUGGUCUAGUUUAUCGUUGUCUUUAGUUUUAAUAGUCUUGAUCGUUCAUAUUGAGACUUCUCGGUCCACGUCCACCACUGGGUCUGCAAUUUUUCCAAAUUCUAUGUCAAUUGGAAGUGACUAUUUCGAGCUACUUAGUGUUUUUGAGCAAUUUAGGUAAUUCAUAAACGUAUUCGGUAACCUUUGAGGUAUCUAUGACGGAUACCUCUGGCUCGGUUGUGAAAUCGGCUCGAAUGUUACCGGUCCGUCGUAGUUGGCAUACCUCGCUUCCAAAAGUAUGUCGAGCAGUGACGUGGCGUGCUUUGCGAUGUAUCGAUUGAUCUGCCAUUUGAACCUGUGGAAAUGGAUCGAUGAACAGGGUGUUUGCAACGAACACCUUAAUAAUCGAUUCUCUACCAUAGCUCCAGAUGGAGAAAUAUCGAUAAUCGAUCAUUCACGUCUCGACACUGAUGUCGAGUGAACUUCUUUGGAUUGAGUUUCAGUUCCUUUUAGAGAAAGUAGUCCCCGUUGUUUUUUAGAUUAAUCUAAAAUUCCGCCCCUAAUCAAGAUACCUAGUCAGGAAUCUUCAGCAUGGAUGAUCAUCGGAGCAAGCAUGUAUUUUUCUCGGAAGGUUCUUACAAAUAACAAUAUACCUUUCCUCCAGUUUUCCAAAAAAUGUGAUUACCACUUUUAAGUUAAUAUUGAAAAUCUUAACAUUGCGAUUGUUCUAGGUCGUGAUGAGCUGUUUAUGAAAAAUUUUACCGAUGGUAAUACCGGUUUAGUAAAAUCUGAAUGAUGUCAAUUACUCUUUUUUAUGUAACUUUGUAACGUAACAUAUCAUUUUAUUGAAAAAUUAUUAGUUACCAAAACUGUUAGAAAUAUGCACGGGAGGAAUGCAAAAGAUUCUUGUAUUGUACUUCCGAGAUAUUGAAGAUAAAACGAUGAAUAAUUCAAAUCGGAUGGAUAAUUCAUUAUUUUUAUUGUUAACUCUCUUUCACUGAAUUUUUGUAUCAUCACUUUAUCAAAAUUUAGAACUUGAAAAUGUACAUGUUUUAUGAAACAGAUCAACAUUGGACGUACUAUUCAUGCCAAGAGGAAUUAUGUGCAAGUGCACGAAAUCAAAUAGAUCCAUGAUACCCACACGCAAAUCCCUCCUGUCAUUCAUAGUUCUACACUUCAUGGUUCCUUUGAUUCAGUUCAUUUCUGCGUAUUUUUUUCAGCACAAAUACGUCUAAUUUAGAAUAAAUUAUUAGAAAAAUACGUGUUGACAAAAUUACCUCUUGAAAAUUUUACAAUAGCAGCUCAUUCUUUCCCCAAUUCAAUUCAAAGGUACUGUGUGUAUAUUUAGAUUUUUAUAAGAAUGUUUGCAGCGUUUUUCAUUGGCAAUAUUUAUGAAAAUGAUUACAGUUUCACCCCAAUUAUGGAUAUUAAGUGCCAAUGAGACACUCAAAGCUUCAAACAUAUACCGAUACCUUAAGCAACAUCAUAAUUAGACUUUAGAGGCAGCACUGAUAAAAUUAAUGACAAAACUUGCAAGGAUCUUGCCUUAAGCCAAGCGAAGAUGAGUCUUUUCAUGGUGUUGAAUUUUCAAUGUACUAUCUGUGGUGUUUCUAGAAUAUGUGUCUGGUGGUAUUGCAUGUAUAUAGCAAUGCCGACAUAGUAUUUUCUCGCAGAUCAUCACAAAAUAUAUAGCAGGACAAUGUUGCCUCAUUGUUACGGGGCAAUAUCGCCGUAAGUUACGAGGGUAAUGCUCCUUCAGCGCAACUCCUCAUAUGUUUUAUAUUUUACCUUGACAGCAUUGUGUCAUCAAAGACCGCAAGACUCAUUCUCAUUGUAAGUUGGGUAUUGUUGAAUUGCAUAAAAGUUGCUCCAAACAUUAGCAAAAAACCCAUUUCUUUUCUACCAGCAUUCGUUUUAUGGAACAUCCCUUUUUUAUUAUUUUUAUCUCGUUACACUUCUCUUCCUACUUUCCUGUCCACAUCAAUCUCCUUUCUCUCGCAUUAUCUUCUAUCUUUUUCUUUCAAGUUUCCUUCCAUGUGAUUGAUUACUUGUUCGAUCGAUUACGAACUGGUAUUUUGAUCUGGACUUUGGUAAUCUUUGUGGCGCGAAACAGUCAUCUUAAACUCAAUGCCGGCCACGCUGAUGCGAUAUUAUUGUUUUGCCUAAUAUCUCACACCUAUGAAUUUCAGGCCUAUGUAGAUUGUUUAAUCAAUGUUUGGAUAUCAGUAUGAGAUUAUUUUAACAACGAACUGGCCAGUCCCCCCCCCUCUCAUUGAGAUCUUGAAGGACAAGGCACAUAAGUGCAGUUUUUAAAAAAAAAAUUGAGUUAUAAAUUAUUUUAAGUGAAACUAUACCUAUAAUCUUAAUGCAUAUAUUCUGUGAAAAAUUCACUCCCAAUACCAAUUUUUAAGCAUCAAAAAGUCAGCCUAAAUUUUGUGCCCACCAUAAGGAUCCCUGAAAUUUUGAAACUUCGAACACGUACUUCUCGAAUUAGCAAAAACUGCACUUAUGCGCCUUGUCCUCCAAGCCCCUCGAUUCAAUUUCAAAUUAUCAAUUCCGAUAUAAAAUCUCCUUCAAUUCUAAACCUCUCUCCCUCCUUCAUAUUCUUUAAUUUUGUUCGGGCGUUUAUUUUUCUUCGUCUUCUUUCCCAUUUUUCCUGUCACUUUAUUUUUAAACUAACAUGCAAUCUUUACCUUUUCCUUGGUUUACUUUCCUUCAUAAAUUCUCCCUUCCAUAAUACUCAUAAGUUAAAUAAGGUUGUGAUAUUACGCUAGAAGCAUUAAGCUUAAAUUUUCGUGGAAUUUUAUUUUUCUUUUCCUUUUUUUCUCAUCCAAGGUUACGUAAUAAGUUGUAUCUUGAGUGAUUAUUUAUUUUUCCACUUAUUUGUAAAUAGUGUACAAAAAAUACUUAAAAGACUAUGGUGGGAUUUACUCCCGCAAGAGACGGAAUGGACUUUCACGAAGAUCAGUGCCUACGCCGGUUACUGUGCAGGGACGAAGCGUGAAUGAUCGAUCGUCGAUAUUUCACCAUUUGAAGCUAUGGUAAAGAUUCGAUUAUUAAGGUGUUUGUUGCAAGCACCCUGUUGAUCGAUCCUUUCCCAUAGGUUCAAAUGGGAGAUCAAUCAAUGUAUCGCAAAACACGCUACGUCACUGAUAAUGUGGUGAUUUUUCGCACGGUACGAAUUAUGACCAAAGAUAACAUAUUCUCUGGUAGUAGACUGGUCUUGAAAAACUUUUUGAAUGUAAUGAAGCAGCCCUAUAUGUAGGCAGCAAACUUGUUUACGGUGACGCAUUAAUUUGCCAUAAUUACAGUGAUGCACUUGUGGCAUUAUACGGUGGCUGCCGUAAAAGACCACUUAGAUGCACUAUAAAGUGUUUUUUUUGAGUUCUAGAUGCACUCGAGUAGAUUUGUAGUUACCAAUUAAAUUAUUUUUCUGUUACCCACUGUUACCCUCGAGAUGUAAAAAAAGGACCCAUUAUCUUUGUAAAUGUGUGAUGAUAGUAAAAAAUAUACCUUUGUACCAUCUUUUA